AUGUUCAAGAAAAAGCCAACAGUCAAGCCUUUAGCGCCUCUGCGUUCGUCAGACCGCCGCAAGACAGCCGACAGCAUUAUCGCCGAGUAUGGCCUCCAACCAAAACCGAGUAACGACUCCAAAGUCGAGGACAAAGCAGCCGCCACUGCAGAAACCACCGCCUUGAGAAACGCUCUACUGCCUGAGGGAGUUCAAACUGCAAGAUUUACAACUACACAUGGACCCGACCUUAAGCAGGUUUCUGGCACCGUCUAUGUUGGAGCAUACUCCGGAGAUGACGCUCGAGUCCUCUGGUUCAAGAUUGAGGAUCGCAUGUAUCCCACCGUAUACACACUGUGGAAACAACCUGGCAUUGUGCCUCUGCUACAUACCCCUGGUUUUGUUGUUCAGAAGUUGCAAGGCGGUGCAGAUCUCAUGACUCCUGGGUUGGCCAAUGGUCCUCCCUUCCACCCCAAAGCUACCAAAGGGGCUGUGGUUGCUAUUGCAAGUCUUGAACAGCCUUCGGUACCUGUUGCUGUUGGUGCUUGUUUGAUUGAUGUCAGUUCACUUGGUGCUGUGCAAGGUUCUCGUGGUCAUGCUGUGCAGACUAUGCACUGGGCUCGUGAUGAAAUCUGGUCAUACAGUAAUUCCAACAAGCCUGGACUCAGCCCUCCAGAGUCGCUCGACGGUUGGCUUGCAAGCAAAGAUGAUGAGGAGAAGCUGGCCGAACAAGCUGCUGACCUGAAUAUUGAUGAUGAAGAGGAAGAGCAAGGAGGCGUCAACUUAGACAAACCUGUUUCUGACCAGCCCGAUCCAUCAGAAGGUCUAGGAGAAGAUGCUCCCGCAGACGAAGGCCUAGUAGAACAGGUAGAAAUCAAAGAACUGACCACCAAGGAAAUCGACGACGCCUUCCGCAAAGCCUUCCUCUACGGCAUCUACCACCACAAAGAAACAAACCCCAACCACCCAACCUUUGGCCUCGAAUUCCCUUUGACUCAAUCCUUCGUCAUGUCCAAUCUCGUCCAACCUUUCCUGCCCGCCUACACGCCCGACCAAGCCUCCUCCCUUCAAAUCAAGAAAUCCUCCUUCAAGAACAUCAAAAAAUUCCUAAAGUCUCUCGACAAGGCGAAAAUUGUAAAGACUAAAGAAAGAGACCAACACGAGACCAUCAUUCUCGAUGUUGAUUUUGACGAUACUGCAAUUGUCGAGUUUAAGCCUUAUAGACUGCCUAAGAAGGAAACAGCAGCAGGAACAAGUCUAGGUCGCGGUGCAAAAGCAACCACAGAACUGGAUACCACCACGGACACUUCCAUCGGUCAAAAACUCGAAAAACAACAAUUUUACAAACUGAAAGAAAGACUAUUGCCACUUUUCGAAUCCGCCAACGCGUCUACGCAAUCCCUGUUUACAGCCGCGGAAAUCAAAAGCGCAAUAACGACCUACAUCGAGUCUGAAAACCUCAUCAACGAGAAAAACAAACGUUUGGUGUUGUUGAACCCAACACUUGCAAAUGCAGUCUUUGAUGGCACCACAUCGCUAGACAAGGAAGUCCUCGCCAAAGGCUCUGUUCCCCGAGACGCCCUCUUCGAACGUAUUCUCCAAGCCUGUAUUCCCCACUACGCCAUCAUCCGCACAUCCCCCUCUACCUCCGACCCUCUCAAGCCAAAAUCCGGCGCCGCGCCCAAGAUCAAGGUUACCCUCGAAACACGCUCAGGCAACAAGACCGUGACCAAAGUGUCAGGAGUGGAAGCUUACUUUAUCGCUGCUCAGCCACUAGCAGACGAGCUCAGAAAAGUCUGUGCAGGGAGUAGUAGUGUUGAGCAGUUGCAAGGAAGCAGUCCUAAAGCUCCUGUCAUGGAGAUUAUGAUUCAAGGGCCGCAGAAAGAUGCCGUGAUGAAGGCUUUGGAAAGACGAGGCGUCAGACCUGCGUGGGUCGAGUUUUUGGACAAGACCAAGGGCAAGAAGAAGUAA